UUCCCUCUGUUCCUUUUCAAUUAGCUAUAGCAGCAGUUCAUUUUUUUUCUCGUAGCAUACAAACGAGCAUGCCGCAGCAGUAGAGUUCAUAUCUGUUCUUUUCGUUUCUGAACAAAAGCAGCCGCAUCAGUUUUCUUUUUCCGUUGGAUGAACAUAGUGUUAGCAAGCAGCAGUUCUUCAUUCUUUUAUUUGGAAUCAACCACACCAGUAGGAUUUCUAAACUACACUCCUCCUUCAAUUUCUUCCAAGUUAAUUUAGAUUCCAAACAUUAAUUGAAGAUCAUCCCACUUGAUUCCUCAUUCUGCUCUCCUGAUGUGGUUAUGAAAGAGAAUGUGACAUCAACGUUUUAAUAGUGACAUAUUCAAGAUUCUUUCUGAGGAUGUAAAUUCACAAACUUUUUCAUACGCAUUUCACACACUUGAUUAUGUUAAGAGUUUUACAAAAGUAACUAUAAGUAGAAAUUUUUAUAUUCGAAAAAUUUAUCACAUACUUUACUUUUCAUUUCAUCAAAAAAUCAUUACAUUUCUUUUAAGAAAUACGUAGUACAUAGUACUUUUUAUUGUUGCUGUAAUUUCACAUUAGUAGGAAAUAUUGAUCAGUAAUUUGUUCUUUCAUAAAAAAAUUGUUAGUCGUUAUUAGUUUACAUACUCAAUGAAACAAUAGAUUAACGCCAAACCCAAACAAAACUAUACAAAGUUAAACAAGGUGGGAUGACUUUUAAGAGGACAUGCAAAUUGAAAGAAACAAAAAAUUAAGUAAUUUGUGACUUGCUAAAAGCUAAACACUUCCAACAAUCCAUAUUGGUGUUAUUCGGAUUUCGGGUAUUCAUUCAUUAUAGUGUUUUCGUUUCACAAACUUUGCCACGUGAUCCAAGUUAUUUCUCGCCCUUCUCUUUUAAUCAUAAUCAUAAAAUUUUUACUUUAUUAUUCAAUGUGCAAGUCAAUUUUGACCAAAUUUUAUAAGGCGGAACACACACACACAUUCUCAUUCCUAGGAGAGAAAUGAGAAUGAAUCUAGACAACUGAAUUGUAUUAUGUGAAACUGAAUUAUUGUGCAUUUGGUGAAACUGAAAUGUGUAUUACAAUUUACAGGAAAUUGAAAUGUACAAAACAAAAGGUAAAACUCAAAUGUGCAUUACGUGAAACUGAGAUGUGCAGAAUAAAAGACACAAAAUGCCACUGCAACAUAACUUUUAUUCUUCCCAUUUCAGUUUCACAUCAUGCAUAUUUCAGUUUCACCUAAAUAACAAUUCAACUUCACAUAAUGUCAUUUUGUCAUAUCUUUUGUGUUGCACAUUUCUAUUUCACCUAAUGCAUAUUUCCAUUUCACAUAACGCACAUUCAAUUUCAUAGUAUAAGAUUUGUCCAUGUAUUUUCUUACAUUAUCAAAAGAUAACUUAUGUCCCAAUAUAAUAUAAUCCAAUGUUUUAAAAGGCGCUAGGCGAGAACAAGUCGUAGACAUAAAAAUUACUUAGUAUAACUUUAUCGAUCAAUGUAUUUUCAUAAAUAUGAUUAGUAAUAUUGUGUUUGUGUGUAUAAAAAUAGUCACACACAUACACAUUUACAUGCAUGAAAAAUAGAGUUGUCACAUUUAAUAAUAUACUCCCUCCGUCCCAUAAAAUUCUUCCUAGUUUGACUUGACACGGAGAUUAAGAAAGUGAAAUAAAGUGGAAAGUAUGGCUGCGGUUGUGUAAGAAAAAGGUGAAAUGAAUGCGAACCACACAAAUUGUCCAAAAAUGGUAAGUGAGGAGAAUUUUUUGGAACGACCCAAAAAGGAAAGUGGGAAGAAUUUUAUGGGACGGAGGGAGUAUUAUAUUGACUCACUAAUUAACUAGUACUCUCUACGUUCCACUAAGAUUGUCCCAUUUUUUCUUUAUGGUCCGUCCUACUAAGAUUGCCCCAUUUUUUCUUUGUGUGGUCUAAAUCAUUCUUACUUUAUGAAUUUAAGAUCAACCACAUAAACUCACUUUUAUUGGUAUGCGUGUCACUCCCACUUGUACCGUUGUUAGUGGGACGGAGGGAGUAUUAUUUAAUAAAUAUUAUGUAGUAUAAAUAGUAUGGAGUAAUAACAUUCAAGAUUAUAUUUCUUCAAAAAAAAAAAAACAUUCAAGAUUAUAUACUACUACCUCCGUCUCCCUAAUAUUCGGACGGAAGGGAGUGGUGUGAUUUUUUAAAGAAAAAUAGAUUUAUGUGGUUGAUAAUUAAUUGAUAAAGUGAGAAUAAAGUAAUAUUGAAUUAGAGUCACACAAAUAUUACGAAAUAUGGUAUGAGACAAAAUUAGUGGGACGGACAAAAAAGAAAAAUGAGACAAUUAUAAUGGGACGGAGGAAGUAACAUAUAAUUUUUUUAAUCUACAAGUAGUAUCUUUUUUCAUAUGUGUUGUUAAAGUUAAAGGUACAUAUAUCUCUUAGCUAGAAAACAAAUGUGGAGGAGCAUAAAAAAAUAAAAAGAAUGUUUGGAAAAUCUAGACGCCCUAGGUGACCAUUUAAGCGCUCUGGACGGACAACUAGGCGCCCUAGAUCGUCAACUAAUUAACCUAAGCGACAAACCAAUUAGCUAGCCGGGGCGCCUAAAGUAAAAUUGGGGCGCCUGGCCACCGCCUAGCGCCUAAGAGGAGACUAGCAAGGGCAGAUCUAUUCACAAAUAUAUGGGGAAAUUGAACAUGUUGCCGAUAAAUUUUUUGUAAUAUGAUAAAAUUAUAUGAAAAAAUUGUAAUAUGAUAAUUCGGCUUUGAGCCUUUUCUUCAUUGCCUUAGUCAUGGAUGAACUUACGAAGUCAAUUCAAGAUGAUAUACUAUGGUGCAUGAUGUUUGCUGACAAUAUUGUAUGGAUUGAUGAGACACAAUCAGGUGUUAAAACAAAGUUGGAAGUAUGGCGACAAACAUUGGAGAACACAGGUUUCAGACUAAGUCGGAGAAAGACAGAGUACAUGGAGUGCAAGUUUGGUGGAGAUAGAAGCAUUGGUAAUAGCAGAAUUACUCUGAUGGUAAGGAGAUACUGGUCAGCGAUAUGUUCCGUUACUUGGGCUCCAUAAUUCAGAAGGGCGGUGAGUUAGAUGAAGAUGUAUCUCAUAGAAUCAGAACAUGGUGAAUGAAGUGGAAGAGUGCGUCGGGAUUUCUAUGCGAUCGAGGUAUGCCGACUAGACUGAAGAGUAAAUUUUAUAGGACAACAAUUAGGUCUGCAUUACUUUAUGGCGUAGAGUGUUGGGCGGUGAAACAAUGUCACAUUCAAAAGAUGAGUGUGACAGAGAUGUGCAUGCUACGUUGGAUGUGUGGGCAUACUAGAAAGGACCGCGUGAGAAAUGAGACAAUCAAACAAAGGGUGGGAGUAGCACCUAUUGAAGAUAAGAUACAGGAGUCGCACCUACGGUGGUUUGGUCAUGUGUGUAGAAGACCGGGUGAUGCACCUGUCAGACGAGUUGAGAUGUGUGGAGAAGAGACACGGAAGAUAGGGAGAGGAAGGCCUAACAUACGUGAGUUAGGAGAGUUAGAAGUGAUAUGCUUUUCCUUGGGGUGGAUGAGGGUAUGACUUUGGAGAGGUCAAAGUGGAGGGCAGAUAUUCGUGUGGAGGAGUGAUCUCGUAUCAAUUUUUCCCCUCAUAUUUUUUUAUUCUUUUAUCCUUAUAUAUAAAUAUUAUUUUUUAUCCUUUUUAUUUUAUCAUUUCUAUGUAUAUUCAUCUCUUUUUAUUUUAUCUUUUUUAUCUUUAUUUUCUUUCGUUUUCUUUUGGUGGUGAUAUCAUGUAUCGAUUCAUGUUAACUGACCCCAAUAUCUUUUGGGAUUAAGGCUUGGAUGUCGUUGUAUUGUAGUUGGAGUAAUUGCCCUCAAUAUAUUAUUUCAUUUGCCACCAA